CCUACGUCACAGCCCGGGCCCACCCUCUUGGCAAUGUCUUCAGACUGCUGCACUCCUAACUUAAGCAUUUAUUCCACUGGGAUAGAAGCGGCAGGAGCAGCGUUGGCACUGGCGAACCAUGGCUGGGAUUUUCUAUUUCGUCCUCUUUUCGUUUCUCUUUGGGAUUUGCGACGCUGUCACCGGUUCUAGGGUAUACCCCGCGAAUGAAGUUACCUUAUUGGAUUCCAGAUCUGUUCAGGGAGAGCUUGGGUGGAUAGCCAGCCCUCUGGAAGGAGGGUGGGAGGAAGUGAGCAUUAUGGAUGAGAAAAAUACACCGAUCCGAACCUACCAGGUGUGCAAUGUGAUGGAAGCCAGCCAGAAUAACUGGCUGCGAACUGAUUGGAUCACCCGAGAAGGGGCGCAGAGGGUGUACAUUGAGAUUAAGUUCACGCUGAGGGACUGCAACAGUCUUCCGGGCGUCAUGGGGACUUGCAAGGAGACAUUUAACCUGUACUACUACGAGUCAGACAACGACAAGGAACGCUUCAUCAGAGAGAGCCAGUUUGGCAAGAUUGAUACCAUCGCGGCUGAUGAGAGCUUCACGCAGGUGGACAUUGGUGACCGAAUCAUGAAGCUCAACACUGAGAUCCGGGAUGUAGGGCCACUGAGCAAGAAGGGCUUUUACCUGGCCUUUCAGGAUGUGGGGGCUUGCAUUGCCCUGGUCUCCGUCCGUGUGUUCUACAAGAAGUGUCCACUCACUGUUCGAAACCUAGCGCAGUUUCCUGAUACCAUCACGGGGGCUGAUACCUCCUCCCUGGUGGAAGUUCGAGGCUCCUGUGUCAACAACUCUGAAGAGAAGGAUGUGCCAAAAAUGUACUGCGGGGCAGAUGGCGAAUGGCUGGUACCCAUUGGCAACUGCUUGUGCAAUGCUGGGCAUGAGGAGCAGAAUGGCGAAUGCCAAGCUUGCAAAAUUGGAUAUUACAAAGCUCUCUCCACGGACGCCACCUGUGCCAAGUGUCCACCCCACAGCUACUCCGUCUGGGAAGGAGCCACCUCGUGCACCUGUGACCGAGGCUUCUUUAGAGCUGACAACGACGCUGCGUCUAUGCCCUGCACCCGCCCACCAUCUGCUCCCCUCAACUUGAUUUCCAAUGUCAACGAGACGUCGGUGAACUUGGAAUGGAGCAGUCCUCAGAACACAGGGGGCCGCCAAGACAUUUCUUACAAUGUGGUCUGCAAGAAGUGUGGAGCCGGUGACCCCAGCAAGUGCCGGCCCUGUGGGAGCGGAGUGCACUACACGCCACAGCAGAAUGGCCUCAAGACGACUAGAGUCUCCAUCACUGACCUGCUAGCGCACACCAAUUACACCUUUGAGAUCUGGGCAGUGAACGGAGUAUCGAAGUACAACCCCAGCCCGGACCAGUCAGUAUCUGUCACUGUGACCACCAACCAAGCAGCACCAUCAUCCAUUGCUUUGGUCCAGGCUAAAGAAGUCACAAGAUACAGUGUGGCUCUGGCUUGGUUGGAACCAGAUCGGCCAAAUGGAGUGAUCUUAGAAUAUGAAGUCAAGUAUUAUGAGAAGGAUCAGAAUGAACGAAGCUAUCGCAUAGUUCGGACGGCUGCCAGGAACACGGAUAUCAAAGGCCUGAACCCUCUGACUUCCUAUGUGUUCCACGUGCGAGCCAGGACUGCCGCUGGCUAUGGAGACUUCAGUGAGCCCUUGGAGGUCACUACCAAUACAGUGCCUUCCCGGAUCAUUGGAGAUGGCGCCAACUCCACUGUCCUGCUGGUCUCCGUCUCUGGCAGCGUGGUGCUUGUGGUCAUUCUCAUCGCGGCUUUUGUCAUCAGUCGUCGACGGAGUAAGUACAGCAAAGCAAAACAAGAAGCAGACGAAGAGAAACAUUUGAAUCAAGGUGUUAGAACUUAUGUGGACCCCUUUACAUAUGAAGACCCCAACCAGGCAGUUCGAGAAUUUGCCAAAGAAAUCGAUGCCUCCUGCAUUAAAAUCGAAAAAGUCAUAGGAGUUGGUGAAUUUGGAGAAGUCUGCAGUGGGCGCCUCAAGGUGCCAGGCAAGAGGGAGAUCUGUGUGGCUAUCAAGACCCUGAAAGCUGGGUAUACUGACAAGCAGAGGAGGGACUUCCUGAGCGAGGCCAGCAUCAUGGGCCAGUUUGACCACCCAAACAUAAUCCACCUGGAAGGCGUUGUCACCAAAUGUAAACCAGUCAUGAUCAUAACGGAGUACAUGGAGAACGGCUCCUUGGAUGCGUUUCUCAGGAAGAACGACGGCCGAUUUACAGUCAUUCAGCUGGUGGGCAUGCUCCGUGGCAUUGGGUCUGGAAUGAAGUAUUUAUCUGAUAUGAGCUAUGUGCAUCGAGACCUGGCUGCCAGGAACAUCCUAGUAAACAGCAACUUGGUCUGCAAGGUGUCUGAUUUUGGCAUGUCCAGGGUGCUGGAGGACGAUCCCGAGGCGGCCUAUACUACCAGGGGUGGCAAGAUUCCUAUCCGGUGGACUGCACCAGAAGCAAUUGCCUAUCGUAAAUUCACGUCGGCCAGUGACGUAUGGAGCUACGGAAUCGUUAUGUGGGAAGUGAUGUCGUAUGGAGAGAGACCAUACUGGGAUAUGUCCAAUCAAGAUGUGAUUAAAGCCAUCGAGGAAGGCUACCGGCUGCCCCCACCAAUGGACUGCCCCAUUGCCCUCCAUCAGUUAAUGCUGGACUGCUGGCAGAAAGAGAGGAGCGACAGGCCUAAAUUCGGGCAGAUUGUCAACAUGCUGGACAAACUCAUCCGCAAUCCCAACAGCUUGAAGAGGACCGGGCCAGAGAGCUCCAGACCCAACACAGCGUUGCUGGAUCCCAGCUCCCCUGAAUUCUCGGCUGUAGUUUCAGUGGGCGACUGGCUGCAGGCCAUCAAAAUGGACCGGUAUAAGGAUAACUUCACAGCCGCGGGGUACACCACGCUAGAAGCCGUGGUUCACAUGAACCAGGACGACCUGGCGAGAAUUGGCAUCACUGCCCUCACACACCAGAAUAAGAUUUUAAGCAGCGUCCAGGCGAUGAGAACCCAAAUGCAGCAGAUACACGGCAGGAUGGUCCCUGUCUGAGCCAGUACUGAAUAGACUCAGAACUCUUGAAAUUAGUUUACCUCAUCCAUGCACUUUAAUUGAAGAACUGCACUUUUUUUACUUCGUCUUCGCCCUCUGAAAUUAAAGGAAAAAAAAAAAUACCUGCAGCGUUGCUUGGUGUAUGAGAUUGCUGAAACCUUGGGGCUUACGUGAAUGGCCUAGAUCAUCAGAUUUAAACCUGGAGCCAGUAAUUUCUCAGAAGUACUCUUGUCCAUCGCUGGUGUAUAAAAUACAUGUACUUAUAUAGAUAAAACUCUGCCUCCGAGUUCGACGCCCUUUUUUCCCCCAUCAGAUGCUGGGUUUUCGAAGUCACCUUAAUCCUUUCUGUUUGGAAUUUCAACCGAAGGAUUUUGUCUGUGGCAUCAGCCUUUGUCAUCACUCCUCGCUGGGGCCCCGGAGCAUUGCGGAAGGACUCAAAGGCGGCCAUCGGGGCUUGGUUCAUACCACAGAAUAAAAUCCAGGUGACAGCCUCGUGACGCACCCAUGUUGCCUCUUCAGUGCCCAGGACACUUGGUGGAUUUCUAUGACAUGGGGGGCUAGAAAGAAAAGGAAAGCGGAUUUUUUUCUUUUUCUUUUUUUUAAAUGCAAACUCCCAAGCCCUAUUACCCCUAACUGGAAAAAGAGGUCUCUUUGGGCCUGAGGCUGUGCCAUAUAACGUCUUAUUUGGGAAUGCUACAAACCUUCUGGAUAGUGGGCUGUGACAAUCCUGAAUGGGGAAUUUUCAUAUUCCCCCCCUGCUUUGAAGAGGCAACUCCCAAGUUUACAAGGGAAUAGAUUCUGCUAUCUCAGCCUCACAGCCCUUCCUGUUGAUUACAAAGCCCUUGGAAACAAAAAAAAAAAAAAGAACACACCCUCCUUGGUUCUUCUGAACGUUUUUUUUUCCCCCCUUUGGCGUCUCUUCUGCCCGUUUUGAGGCAAAGACACUUGAUGAAACAAACACCUGUACCUGGAAAGUGGAAGAAAUGAUUCAAGUCCCCUUCGCCCAGGAAAGCAGCAACACCAAGCUUCGGCAUCUGUUCUCCAGCUGCGUGGAGGAGUGCGCUGUCUCAAGGCAUCAGCUCUGCAGAGCCCUUCCAAACCCCUUGUGGUUUUAUUUAUACGUAUUUCCAUAAUUCAUUCCUGUACGUCACUGCUGCAUCAGAGUGGCAGCGAGUGACCAAAUGUUACAGGUUUUGCUAUGGACGCCAGGUCGGGCGCCACCGCGCAGAACAAAGCCAGUCCCGUAAGCUGCCUACGGUAUGCAUUGCUGACAUGACAUUUUACCCAGGGCGUGCCAUUGCAGUGAUAUGAAUAUAUUUUUUCCUAGACUAAAAUAUGACCUGAUUAUCUCUUUUGAUGUGUGUACAUAGGUGCGUGUGUGCGUGCGCGCAUGUGUGUGUGCAUGUGUGUGUGUGUGCGUGUGUGGUGUGUGUGUCCGCGCGUGUGUAACCUCAUGCUUCGAACUGCCUGUGAAUGUUGUGGAAUGCUACACCUGGAGAGUUCUGGUUUAUCACCAGUUCAAAGAAAAAAGAGUCACACGAUAUACACGGCUUGGAGACCACGGCCGUCCCCUUGGGAAGACAGCUUGGAAACGCUACAUGGUCUGUAUCUGUAAGAGUAACGUAGCUGUCACACUCACCGUAAGAAGCAAUUCUAUAGCUUUGGACAGAUGUGUGUUCACCUCCGCAAUGGAAUGACUGUUGGAUAGAAACCCACCCAAGGUGACAAGCCCGUCACCACAAUCGCAGAUUCUGAUGGGACUCGUCUGACUCUCCAGUUCCACAAUGGAGAGAGAAGGGGAUGGAAUCCAUGGAUCGACCCCAGAUGGAGUACAAGUCGCCUUUGUUUCCCUGCAUAAAUGAACUUGAUGAAUGCGAACAAAUAUAUGCAAUUCAUAUACUUUUGGAGAUGAACUUAGCGAUGUGUGUCAGCCUUGAGAUGAUGUGUCUGGAGUAAUACUUUGUGUCCCCGUGUCACAGAACAAUACACACAUGCCAGUGGCUCUUGAGGUUAGUGUAGUUGGGAUGACAUGGCCUCUAGCAAUUCCAGGUUCCCCAAUUACAUGUAGAAAGUUCUCGGGUAAUUCAUAUGCAGCUAACUCCUUUUGCCCUCGAAAGUACAUCAGUCUUCUAGAAUCUGAGUUCUGGUGUAGAUAGAAGAUUCAAUAUCAACAGGAUAUGGAUACCAAACUCCAGCCAGCAUACUGCCAUUUUACCUAACCUGAGUGGCUGCCUUGCUUAUUCUGAGCUGUGGUUGCCAAAACUGUGGCCAUUUAUAUAAGCUAUAACAUCAAAAUCAGGGAAAAACAGGGGAAAAAAGAUUCUGAACCAUAUAUUGUUGAAUAAGUAGAGAAAAUCACCAAUAAAUAUUUAUUGCAUUCUGACAGGGUGUGUGGCAUUGUAUUCUCAUAACUAUGCCAGAGUGACAAAGUCAAUUCGCCCCUUUUGGGGGGACCUUAAUAUAUUUUUAAAGGGAUGUGCCUAUGCAUUGAUGCCUGAAAAAUAUGUGUAAAAAUAAAAAAUGAGGUAGAAUCUCCGAGUGGAUCAUCUUUCCCAGAGGUCGGGUGGAAGGAGAAUUUCCGGGUCUGUGUCCAGCCCAGGAGCCAGCACUGGUCUGCUGAGCUGGAAGGCUAAAGUCUACUCAGAUCUACUAAGCAGCUUCAAGCUGCUCCCUGCACCAAAUCAAGUCGUUUCACCACGUGUCUGCAGGCUCCCAUUAUUUUGGCAAUCUUAUAACGAACUAACUGUUCUGGUGUGUCUGAAAGAGUGGAAGAAAGGUUGUGUUCACAACACAACUGAUAUGUGCUCUGAGACCUCUUGUAUUCAUCUGGGAAGGGUCCAUGUAUUAAUCCAUACACUCCUAUAGCCUCAAUUACUUGUCUGAAGACACAAAUUUCGACCAGUAAAGGAAAGUUCUAGAAGCAAUAUUUUCACUCCUUUAGCAUUGUCCAAAUAACAUCAGGUAUUUAUACAUGCUGAAGAGUGCGUUUAUUUUGUAUUACUCCAAGUUUGUUGGAAUAUGCAAGGACUGUGGUUAUUAUUAGAAUGUAUAAGGCAUAUUAUAAUUUAGUUCAUUUGUCCUGAAAAGGAAGUUAACUGAACAUCUCUUGGUUCAUACAUGUUCCAAAUUUUGAGCAGCCCUUUGAGUUAGCCAUAGAUUUUUCUAUUUUGUUUCCAUUUGUCAAGGUAUUUUUCUUCCCUUCAUGAACUUUAGGUACACAUAACUUAUGUCAUUUAUUUAUGGUCUUUUAUACCUAGUUUGUAAAGUUGUAAAAUAGCAAACUAAAUGCAAAGAGUUUGCAUUUGAAAGUAAUAAAGUAGUUGCCGUAUACAAACCCAAAAUCUGGUUGUCUUUAUUAUUUUAUUUGUUACUUUAUUUUAUUUAGUGUUGGGGAUGCAUGCUAGGCAUGAGCUAGACCCAUCCUUUCUUUACUUUGAGACAGUCUUACUAAGUUGCCCAACCAGGUCUGACAUUCACCUCACAGCCCAGGCUGACCUUGAACUUGAAAUCUUUAAACUGCCCACUCCUGAGUAACUGAGAUUAUAACCUUAUACCAUACCGUUCUG